UCUAUUCAACUUCAUCAUAGAUGUGUUAAUGGACUUAACCCUAGGUGACUUCAGCGACUCAGGGAUUGACUUGCUACCGGGGAAUAAUCUCGUUGACUUGGAAUAUGCAGACGAUAUAGUCCUUCUAGGCGAAGACGCUGACGAAAUGCAGAGUCUUCUAAACACCUUGAGCCGCAAUCUACGAAUGUUUGGCAUGCGAUUCGCUCCCGCCAAAUGCAAGAUGAUGUUACAGGACUGGACUACAUCGACGCCUAGUUUAAAAAUAGGAAGUGAAGUGGUAGAGCACGUUGACCGCUUCACUUAUUUGGGAAGUACCAUCAGCCCCAACGGGCUGAUCUCUGACGAAAUCUCAGCACGAAUACAAGGGGCUCGUUUCGCAUUUGUUAGUUUACGCCGACUCUGGCGUAGACGAGAUGUUCGACUAUCGACCAAAGGGCGGGUGUACUGCUCAUCAGUCCGCUCCGUCCUCCUUUAUGGCCAGCUGUGAGACCUGGCCACUGAGAGUGGAAGACAUGAAAAGACUAGCUGUCUUUGAUCAUAGGUGCCUGCGCUCUAUUUCCCGUGUAAAGUGGCAUAAUAAGGUGAGCAACAUGGAGGUUAGGCGUAGAGUUCUAGGUAAACAGGGGAAAUCAAUCGACGAAGUCGUGAAGCUACAUCGACUGAGAUGGUUAGGACAUGUGUUACGUAUGCCAAGUCAUCGCCUCCCUCGACGAGCUAUGUUAGCGGAUAUAGGGUCAGGCUGGAAAAAAGCUAGCGGCGGUCAAACAAAAACUUGGCAUCAGUCAAUGAAAUCCACAACAGUUGGUCUUAGCCACGUAGGAAGGUGUAGACUUCCAGGCUGGGGUCCUCGGGACGGCAAAAAUCUAUGGUUGGAAACAAUUGGUGACAUGGCUCAAAAUCGUUCUCAGUGGCGCAGAUGCAUCCACUCCCUGUGACUUAUGAUCUUCAAUGAAAUUGUUUUGUAUUUCUUUAUUACUCCUUUGUCUCACACCUCUGCUCACUGUUUCUAUUAUGCUUUUCUUGUACUUUCUUCUCUUGCUUCGCGUGCUACACGGAGUGUGGCGACUUGAACUUCCGCACAUUUGUGCAAAGUUCUAUGUCGAAAACAGACAGACAGACAGA